GUCGGUAUUUCGGUUAGUGCGGUUCUAUUUUCAAACCCGGCUCUUUUGUCGCUCUUUAGAGGCUCUAAUAAUAAACAUUUAUUAUUGAAAUGUAUAAACUGUAAUAAAAAAUAAUAAUAAAUUGAAACAAUUACACAAGAAAUAUUAAUAUUAAAAGCGCGGGGAAAGGCAAUACAGAAGACAUAAGGAAAAUAAAUAUUAAAGUGAAUAAUAAAAUACGAAAAUAGAAAGGCGCAACAGCAACAACAAAAAAAAAAGACAAAAUUAAUUAUCUGAGAAAUAUUUAAUUAAAGAAAUUCAUUCUCAAAUAACUAAAGUCAAAGAAGUGCUUGAAAACAUCCAAUAAGUACAUAAAAAACAGUCUGUAUGCAACGAGUGUGUAUACGAAAUAUAUUAUGACAAUAGAACAUCAUCUGUAUUAUCACAUGGUGCGCAUAAGUAGCAACGCUUUGGAAAAACUAGCAUGAAAAUUUUUUUUUGGUUGUAAAAAAAAUUAUGGUGUGUGAAAAAGUGAGCGAGAGAGAAAGAGAGAACCAUAAAUAAGAAGAAAAUAUUUUCAAGAACUUUUUUUUGCAUUCCGAAGAAGAUAUCAGCAUCUGUAGACGACGAGGAGAUUCCUUCAUGCUGUAUACAUAAAGCGACAUACAUACAAACAUAGAAAUUGAUAGAACAUAUAUAUACGUACGGUAAAGCAGCAGAGCAGACACAGAGUGAUAGUAAAAAAAAAUUUUUUUUUCUGUGCUCCGACUUUUACUUUCGUCACAUGGAAAAUCCCGUCUAGAGAAUUUUCACUACAAUAUUUUGACUAGACAAGAAGAAAAGUAGACAAGAGAAACUUUAUACAUAAAAUGUUUUGAAUAAGAAGAGAACCAAGUACAUAAAAGUGAAGUGAUAUCGUGGAAUUGAAAAGUGAAUGCAGCAUAAGAACUUUUAUAUAUAAGAUAUAAUGACUGUUAGUGCAUAGUGACUCUUAUUAAAGCAUAAGUCGGUACAUUAGCUAGCUUUUGUGACAUAUAGCUGCUCUUAUCAUUUCAAUAGACAUAACUAGGUGUAAACUUACAUAAAAUCCAAAAAUAAGACUCAUACAGCACGCGAAAAGAAACUUUUGUGAAGUGUUAAAAAACAUGAAAUAAAACUGACAGCAAACUAAGUGCAAACAUAAGAAAAUAAUGUAAAGAAACAUAAAUCAUACAUAAAAACAAUUUGUGGAACACGAAUGAUACAUAAAACAGUUGAAGAAGCAUAAAUGAUACAUAAUAAUAAUCUGUGAAACAUAAAUUGUAUACAAGAACAAGAAUUGAUUAGCAACAGAAGUUUUUCAGUUCAGCAUAAGCAAAAAAAAACACGUUUGGUGCAGAAUAAGACUUUUAGCGCAACUGUGAAGCAUAAAUUCAUAACAAGUGCUCCAAAAUUUGUAUGUAAAAAGUUCAUAUCCAACAUAAACUUAUGUAUUGAAAAAUCUCAUUGAUAAACUAAAAGAAUCCAUGUGCAGCAUAGACUCAAUAUCAUAAAAUUAUAUGUUACAUAAAAAAUCAUCAAGCAGCUGAGCAUUGAAAUUUUCUGCAGCAUCAAAAGUUAUGUGUAUCGAAAGUUAAACAUAAACUUAUCUACAAUAUAAAAUUAAAUCAUCAUACAGCAAUCUGUGAAUUAAAAAGUUGGUGCAACAUAAUUUUGUGACAAAAGACUUCAAAGUUAUCAGAAUCUGUGAAUAAAGACUCAAAGCAGCAUUAAUAAAUAUAGUGUAACAUAAAAAGUUGACAAUUCAACAUAAUUUGAGCAUAAGUCAUACAUAAAAAUUCAAUAUUCAACAUAACGCACCAUCAACAUAAAUCAUCCUGCAAAAAAUACAAAACUGUAGCAUAAGUCGCAGCAUAAACAUUAGAAAGUGAAGUGAACAAAACUUUAUCCUUAAAAACAAGUGAAAUGAGAAAUUUUUCAACAUAAAAAAAGUAAAGCAUAAAAAAUAAUCAUGCCGUCAAACACACCACCUAGUAAGAAUCCAUCACCAUUAAGUAUUUCGGAAAAUCGAUCUCAAGAUUGUGAAGAACCGCCGACAGAUUUGUCGUCAAAGUUCAGCAUGAAGAGCAGCAACGAUAGUAAUAAUAAUAGCAAUAAAAGCAACAACAAUCCCCAACAAUUUUGUCUACGAUGGAACAAUUAUCAGACAAAUUUAACAUGUGUAUUCGAUCAAUUGCUACAAAGUGAAUCCUUUGUUGAUGUAACACUCGCAUGCGAUGGUAAUCAAAUAAAGGCACACAAAAUUGUAUUAUCAGCAUGUAGUCCAUACUUUCAAUCGCUAUUUUUCGAUAAUCCAUGUCAGCAUCCAAUCAUUAUUAUGCGUGAUGUUAAAUGGCCAGAAUUAAAGGCAAUUGUCGAGUUCAUGUAUAAGGGUGAAAUUAAUGUGAAUCAGGAUCAAAUAAGUCCAUUGCUUGCAAUUGCUGAAAUGUUGCAAAUACGUGGAUUGGCUGAGGUUAAUAGUGAGAAUGCAACGGUCGGUACGUCAGAUACGCAAAUAAGACCAAAGCAAACGCCGACGGUUGAUUUGACAACAAAAUCCCGUUCAAAUACGUCAACGCCUGUACCAACAUUCGAUAUUGAGGAGCAAUUACAGAAGCAACAGGAAAAGUCUGACUUGAGAAAGGCAAAAAUAACGCCACGCGAUUGGGAAUCAUUGGCAUCAAUGGAUGCACUUAGUAAUUCACAGCAACAACAACAACAAUCGCAGUCGUCACAACAGCAGCAACAGCAGGCGGCAAUAAAAAAUCAGAGAAAAAGACGAUGGCCAUCUGGUGAGCGAAGUAGUGCCGCAACUUCAUCACCAGAUAAUUUAGAAUCGUCAUCGCCACUGUCAAUAAAUCCAGCAACAUUAUCCCAUCCAUCACAAUCACCGAACAAUAUUCCACAUUUUAAUUUGCCGACAUCGCUAGACUCAUUGGCAUUGCAGCAAUUAUCAUUGCAUCAUCCAGAUGAAAUGGAAAUUAAGCCUGGCAUUGCUGAGAUGAUUCGUGAAGAAGAAAGGACUAAAACAAAAUCCAACGAAUUGAAUGCAAAAUUAUUAGAGAAUUCAGCAUGGCUAGGUGCUGCACCAUCAAAUAUAUCAGCUGAAAGUUAUCAAUAUCAAUUGCAAUCAAUGUGGCAAAAAUGCUGGAAUAGUCAGAACCUUAUUCAACAUAUGCGAUUUCGAGAACGUGGUCCUCUAAAAUCUUGGCGUCCAGAGACAAUGGCAGAGGCUAUAUUUAGUGUACUAAAAGAGGGUCUUUCACUUUCUCAAGCUGCUAGAAAAUACGAUAUUCCAUAUCCAACAUUUGUUCUCUAUGCAAAUCGAGUGCAUAAUAUGCUUGGACCGUCGAUGGAUGGUGGAACUGAUUUACGACCAAAAGGCAGAGGGAGACCUCAAAGAAUUCUACUCGGUAUAUGGCCUGAUGAGCACAUCAAAGGAGUUAUUAAGAGCGUAGUCUUUCGUGAUGAAAAGAAUUUAAAGGAAGAGCAAAUGAUAUACGGAAGACAGUCGCCAUUUCCCUUUCAAGAUGCACAGCAGCUAGGUUAUCCAAAUGGCUUAAAUCCUCAAGCAACAGACUCAAUGUCACCGGAUCUCCUUGCCGCCGUACGUCAACAAAUGUGCAAUAUGGUCGAUGCAGCAAAUUUUGUUGCCGGCUUCAAUCUACCACCGAACAUGACAAUUCAAUCGAUGACACCGACACUUGGUGGAAAUUCGAGUAGCAAUAUAUCAAAUCCAAAAGUCGGAUCACCUGCGAUGAAUUGUAAUCAAAUGAAUAAGAAUGGUGGUGAACCGAGUAAUGUACUUCAAAUGCCACGACUUGAAUCACCAGCACUUCAUAGUUUACCGACGGAAUUGUCACUGCAUGGAUUGCAGAAUUUAUCACCAAAUGAUGAGAAUGAGUAUCGUAAGAAUGAGAAAGCAAUGCGAUUACGGAAGUCAUUAGAUGAAGAGUUUGAGGAUCAGCAUCAGAAAGGAUUGAAUAAUAACCGAUUAAGUAUAACGAAAAUGAAUUCACCAAAAAGUCAGAGUAAAACUCCGUCAAUUGAGGCACUUGAACCAGCUGUAAAUCUUGCAAUAAGCAGUCAAUCACUAGAUAUGUCAUACAAGUCAUCACGGAAUAGCAGUGAUGGAAGUGUGAAUGGUGAAGAUAUUUCACGGUCGUUCCGCAAUGCAGCCGUAAAUCUCGGAUUCAAAGACUCAUCACCGAUUAAGUUAGAACCGCUCGCCGAUUGUCGUGAAUAAGAAAAUUUUCCCUCUCAAUGUUGAAAAAAAAAAUUAAAAUUAAAAAAAGGAAAAAAAAAUAAAAUUUUUGAUGUCAUUUUCACAAAACUGAACAAAUAUGAAUGAAGAUAAAUUAAAUGGUAAUGGAAAGUUUUGACAUGUAAACAACACGGAUGGGGAGAGUUACAAAUUUGUUUGUUGCUUAUACACGCAAAAGUUGUAACUUCACUCAUAAAAGAAGAAAAAUGAAGGUAAAAAAAUGUUAAAUUUAAUUGUGUGAUUUCCCAAAUGAAAACAAAACAGAAAUGAGGAAGAACUGAAAUUUUUCCGUGUCAUUGGUGAGCACAAAGUCAGUUUAUAUAGGAGUUUAUGAGGAUUUUCUGGUUCAAAGCUCUAAAAUUGAAGAUAUUGCGAAGAUUAAUAAAAGAAUUUUUUAAAAAAUCCGUCAAAAAGUCCAAUAAAGAUCCUCAUAAACCUCUUAUUCAAAAAUGUCCAAUUUUAUUUGAUCGACUUAAUAUUUCAAAAUGAACAAAGUUAUCCUUCCCACAUUGACUACAUUAAAAAUUAACAGAAAAUAUCCAGAACAUUAUUUAAUAAAAAUGAAUUGAAAAUUGAGUUUGAAAGAAAUAAAAAAUCUAAAAAUCACACACAAUUACACACAUGUUAAAAUAUCAAUGAUAAUUAUUGUUAUACAAGGGCUACCAGAGUAAUGAAAUGAAAGAAUGAGAAAGCCAACAAAACAAAGGAAAAUACAGUAUAAAAAUCGUGUAUGAUGUAAGAAUAAUUUAGUGGAGUCAGGGGUUGUCGAGGUGG